AUGAUAAAACAUUACGGUCAAAGAUACCUUCUUCCUAUCGUUGCGUUUGUGGUAAAUCAUACCCCGUCGUUCAUAUGGGUUAUUAUAGAAUUCUUGUUGGAUAUAUUCUUCUUUUGGGUGAAAAAAAUCUAUCAAGUUUACUAUAGUAAAGACCCACUUAAGGAAUAUGUCAAACAUCUUAAGAACGUUAAAACUUAUAAUGAAUGGAAGAAAGUGGUGAUAGAGAUUGAUAAGUUGACCAAUUUGGAUCUCUGGCGACAGAAUUUCAUUUCAAAACAUUACGAUUAUAUUUUAAUAGACGAAAGAACCAAGUUAUUAAGAAAGGCAAGGAUAAACCAGGAUUCUUCGUUGAUAAUGUCCUUGUUAAGAGGAGGAUUAAUCCGAAACUUCGGUGGAAUAUCUCAGAAGAAGUUAUACAUGAAGUCAUACAUGGGAACAAAGUUCAAAAUCGAGGAAUAUAUUGGUGAAGUAUUGAACUGUCUUAAUUAUUUGAAUGAUUCCAUAAUAAUGAAUAAUGAAUCCAGUAAUACCGAUUACGUCAUGAACAGUAAACAGUUGACUUUGGACUUCUUUCAUGAUGCUAGACAAAGUUUUGGUAGUACGGCAUUGAUCUUACAAGGGGGAUCACUUUUUGGAUUAUGUCAUUUGGGAGUUGUUAAAGCCCUUUAUUUCAAAGGUUUAUUACCCAGAAUCAUCGGAGGUAGUGCUGUGGGUGCUGCUGUAGCUUCUUUGGUUUGUGCAUUGAAUGAUGAUGAAUUGAUUCCCAUUUUAAUCUCCAUAGCUGAUGUUAUGGGAAAUAUUGAUAGAUUGAAUCAUGAUGUUGAUGAACGUUAUGGGAACGUUAUUGAAAAUGUGGUUAAAAAAGGUUACUCUCAAGAUAUCUUGUUAUUCUUGAAGUUUGUAAGAGAUACUAUUGGAGACUUAACGUUCGAAGAAGCUUAUUUAAAGACUGAGAAGGUAUUGAACAUAGCAAUUCACCCUACUGACCCUUCAGUACCUUCGUUAUUGAACUACAUAACAUCUCCUAAUGUAAUUAUUUGGACAGCCAUUUACGCAUCUAUUGGAACUGGUGUCCUUUCAGAUAAUGUUCAACUUUAUGUGAAGGAUUUUAAUAACAAUAUCGUCUUACAGAACGAAUCAUUGAAUGUGAAAUUCUUGAAACCUCAAGAUGUUAGUUAUAGUCAACAUUACUUCAAGAGCCAAUCUAAGGACAAUUAUUCAGAUUCCAGUUUCAACUUUAAAGCAAAAUCUGCUUACGUAAGAUUGACAGAAUUAUUUAAUGUGAAUCAUUUCAUAACAUGUCUUGCCCGCCCUUACCUAGCACCAUUCAUUUCCAAUGAUUUGAAACAUUCUAAUGAUUAUGGUAGAACCAGAUAUCAUAAGUUGACCACUCGAAAAGCUAUAUUUCAGGCACAUGAGAAAGAUAGUGAAUUUGAAGAUGAUGAAAAUGGUGAUGAUUAUUUAUAUAAGAGUCUGGCAAGUGAAGUUUAUUACAAAGAUGGUGGAUUCACUAUCAUUAAACACCUUAAGAAUAUUAUGGGGAUGGAGAUCCAACAUCGUCUUGAAUUAUUGGAUAAAUUAGGUCUUUUAUCUGAUACUUUAAAAAGAUUCUUCAUUGAUGAAAAACCUUCAUUCCCUCAAGCCUUAUCUAGUAUCAGAGAGAUUACUAUAGUGCCAGAAUUACGAUAUUUCCUUCAGGAUUUUGGUAGGGUUUUCGAUGUGCAUAAAACUAUGGAGAAUAUACCUUAUUGGAUAUUAGUGGGUGAGAGAUCAGUGUGGCCAUUGUUCCCGUUAUUAUGGACAAGAUGUUCCAUUGAAUUUGCAUUAGAUGAUCUAUAUAAUAUCCAUAGGAAGAAGCGUUAA